UGCUGUGCACACAACUUGGCGGUAUCAUUAGAUCGUCUGCAGCAUGGGUGGGUUUGAUACCUUGUCGGAUGUUCUGACUUUUGAAUGAGCUUUCCAUCUAUGUUUGGGUUACAUAAAUUACUUAUGAACGGAAGUAUUUAAACCGUCUGUCUCUUACCUUAAGUUCCAUUCCUCAUCCCGACAUGAGGAUGCAUAAAAAGAACCAUGAUGUGUAGUGAGUUCUCGCUCUGUGAUAUUCAGAACCCUCCGUUUGCUUAAAGUAAAAGCCAAAGGCGUGCUUCAGCUCGAUAUCACAAUUAAGACCCGGCACAUCCUCAAUUAAAAGUUGCUUAUUAUUUUGGCUGGUGUUCAUCUAGCAAGUGUAUUGUUUUCCGGAAGCGCCAGUAGUUGCACUCACCAGGCUACUUACAUUCGGCUGUGCUAUAGUUUCUGACGCACCACUGCUUUGCUUAGUGACGGGCAUCUACGUAAAUUUUUGGAAUUAAAUUUUGGUAUUGCUCGAGAUCGCAUUCAUAAAAGGGCUAAAACUGGAGCUCGUAGAGAGCGAAAUCGCAAAAAGAGAAAGUUCGAGUUAGGACGUCCAGCAGCAAUGACAAAGCUUGGAGCCAAACGUGUCCAUACAGUUCGUGUCCGAGGUGGAAAUAUAAAGCUCCGUGCAAUGCGUUUGGAUCAAGGGAAUUUCAGCUGGCCUUCUCAAGCUAUCUCACGGAAAACUAAAAUAAUUGAUGUUGUCUAUAAUGCUUCUAGUAAUGAACUUGUCCGAACAAAAACUCUUGUCAAGAGAGCAAUAGUUCAGAUCGACGGAGCCCCAUUCAGACAAUGGUUUGAAGCUCACUAUUUGAAAGAACUUGGUCGCCGUAAAGUCGUUAGUAAAAAAGGACACACAGUUACACAGGAAAAUCCGGAGGAAGAUAUUUUGUUGAAGAAACGAAGCAAGUCAGCCUUGAAAAAGUAUGAAACUCGUCAGGCUUUGCCUCAAGCAAACGUAGAAGAACCUUUAAAAGAAGCAUUUGUUACGGGUCGUCUGUUAGGUAAGUCAUCGAGAUAACCUUAUCACUGCUUAGCUUGUAUAUCCUCUAGACCUGGUCAAAUCGGUCGAGCAGAUGGUUAUAUUCUCGAAGGCAAAGAGUUGGAGUUUUAUUCAAAAAAACUGAAAGUUAAAAAAGCAAAAUAAAUUUCUUUGGAAAUAAACUUUUGUAGGAUGUGAGCGUUUUUAAACGAAACCCAGG